AUGGCGGCCACGUGCACGACCCCCCCCCUCCCCGAGUCCCGCCGGCUGGACCCAGCCGUGCCAGAUGGCUUCUCUCCGGCAAACGGAUGUGUCCAAGGGAUGGAGGGUCCCCAGGCCCUGCCCUGGGGGGUCAGAACAGGAGAUGCUGCCUUCGUGGUGGCUCUUCUCCAGCUCCACGCCAGGGUUUCAUGUUUUUCAGCUUUGAAAAGAUCUUUUGAGGUCGAGGAGGUAGAUCAGUCUUCAAAUUCCUCUACCCCACAAAGACGGACCCCAAACCCCCUCCUCAGGUCCACCGUGUCCAGCUCCACACAGAAGUUUCAGGAACUCGGCACAAGGAAUUUGGAGCCAUCCGCCCGACAUGCAGACCCCACAGGCCAAAGAUCACCCAAGCCCUCUUUGAGGAGAGUGGAGCUCUCUGGACCCAAACUGCCUGAGCCAGUGUCCAGAAGAACAGAAAUCUCCAUUGACAUCUCAUCCAAGCAGGUGGAGAACUCCACCUCGGGGUUGUCAAGGUUUGGCCUCAAAAGAGCAGAUGUGCUGGGGCACAAACCCCCCGAGCCCACCCCAAGGAGGACUGAGAUCACCCUCGGCAAGCCCCAGGAGCCGGGUCUCCGGAGGGUGGAGGCACCGGCAUCAAAGAUCCCCGAGGUGCCCCAGCGAAGAGCUGAGACGGCCAGCGCUCCUGUGCCCGACACGGCCACCAAGCGCGUGGAAAUUCAGGUAGCGAAGGCUGCCGAGGUCCCAGCCCCACCUACACGGCAAGUGGAGAGCUCGGAGCCUCCCCUGGUCACCCAGCCUCCCCAGGCAGAGCCAAAGCCACAGCCGGUGCUGAUGGAGAGCCCACCAAAGAGAGAAGAAG